CAUGUUUGUAUCGUUUCGACAUCCGUUAGAAAUCUGGAAUGAAAAUCCAACAUUCCUCGCAUGUACGAUCGUUUUCCAGACGAUGGCUUUGCUGUCUUUGAUUCAUGCUUACUGCAACGGCCGGAAAAGUCUUCUUCUCUGGUUUUCGGCUCUUGGUCACGGAUUGACAACAGAAGCUCUUUCCUAUUUUCUACCUGAUAUCGACAGCUUUUGGCACAGCCAGUCGAUGGUGAUGUUUCUGGGUGGUCGUCUUCCUCUUUAUGUUGUUCUGUUCUACCCAACUGUGAUGUACACAACAAACACAGCAGUCGGACGUCUCAAGUUGAAUUUGCUGUCUCAUGUGUUUGCUGUAGGAAUGGCUGAUGUAUUGAUUGAUUUUCCAUUCGAUAUAAUGGGAAUCAAACUCCUUUGGUGGACGUGGCACGACACAGACCCGAACAUUUUCGAUCGUCAUUACAAUGUUCCAUGGACUAGCUACUUGUAUCACAUGACAUUUGCUUCUGCUUUUAGCUUCUUAUUCAAUACAACGUGGAAUAAAAUUGUAGGUACAGGUCACCAACAGAGGCAGACAGUACUUCAAAACAUUGUGAAGCUCACGUGCUGCUUUGUAAUGGUGUCUUUGCUUUCGAUGCCUCUCGGAGUCGUGCAGAUUACUCUCUAUCAUGUUCUUCAUGAUAUUUACCAUAUUCAUACUGAAGUGGUCACCUUUAUCUAUAUUGUUAUUUAUGGUUACGUCACGUGGAGCGGCGAAAGGAGACGUCCAGAAGACAAUUCCCAGCAAGGAGGAUGUUCAAGAGUCUCUCUUAUUUCAGUCAUUGUUUGUAUUCACUAUGCUUUCUACAUCAUUCUUGUGCUGGCUAUUGCCAAACCGGAGAAUCUGAGAUCAACAGGAAUGCAUGAAACUAUAGGAAACUGUUCACUUUUCAGCAGUGUCACAUCAGUCAUUGGCAUGACUUUACCAAAGAAAUCGUUUCUUUGUGCAUCUAACUACAGUGAACCAGUAUUCGACUGGCAUUGCCUUCCUGACAGUCAGCCACCUGCAGAAAUGUCUCAAUGGUACACAGUUUGUGGAACACCAUAUCCAAACCGUCAAGAAUACAUUCUUGUUGUCUGUACGUUUUGUCUACUUGGACUUCUCGUCUUUUAUGAGAUUCUUUGGAAGCCGAAUGCAAACAGUACGAAAGUGAAGCACAAGAAACUAUAAAUUUAGUUCAAUUUGCGAUAAUUUUUUAUUUACUUUCUAAGUCUGCGUUGGCUGUACGUACUUGUCUGCCUUGUUAAUUAGUUAAUUCAUUAACAGCGUUGUUGUGUUAAUAUCAAUUAA